UCUCCAGGACUCCUCAACCUAACACCUCCCCUCGUCGCGGCAUCGCCUUCGCCUCAGAUCGCUGAAGCGAGGCGAGCAGCGGUAGCUCCGGAUCAGAUCCGCCGCGGCGGAAGCCGAGGCCAUGGAGACGCCGCCGCCGUUCCAGGAGUCCGUCCACUGCGACGUCUGCCACUGCACCUUCUCCGCCUUCCGCCGCCGCCAUCACUGCCGCAGCUGCGGGAGGACGCUCUGCCACGACCACUCUUCGUACCACAUGGCUCUGCCGCAGUUCGGAAUAUACACAGACGUCAGGGUCUGCUACGAUUGCUUCAACAAAUCCUCAAGCCAUGGACGUGCCGAUAAUGUGGGGUCAGCUGGGAGCAUUUCUAGUGCAACUGAAUCCUUUUCAGGUCUAAAUUUGGGUAAAGAGGAUGCUUCGUCGCCUACAAAGAAUCCAUCAGUUAUCGAGUGCAAAUGUGGGAUGCCUUUGUGCAUAUGCGAAGCACCGAAACCGGAACCAGCACCUGUUAAGCAGAAUGUCAGCACCGUUUCCUCCUCAACCACACAGUCGAACCCGAGACCAAAGAAACCUGCUAGCAGCCAACAGAAGGGUUCGACCACUUCCAGCAGCAACUCAAGCUCUUUCUUAAAUAUGGGCCUGAUGAGCAACGAUAGUAAUGAUAAGAGUCUGUCUGACUAUGAAGUUACUGGGGAGGGACUGAGAGAGGCAAUCAAAAGUGGGGAUAUUAAAGGUGUGAAGAAACUUCUUAGCCAGGGAGUGGAUUCUAAUUACUGCGACAAACAAGGAUUUACUUUGCUACAUUUGGCUGCGCUAUUCAACCAGACUGAGAUUGCUCUUGUUCUCAUGGACCACGGAGCAAAUGUUCAAAGCAAAAAUGGACAAGGGGAAACUCCUUUGGACUGUGCUCCAGCCAUGCUGCAAUACAAAAUGCGGCAAAAGAUGGACGAACUCGCGGGAUCACAUUGACCCGAGUGAAUAGCGUCCGGGCUCUCCUGCUAGUUGUUCUUCCCUUUCCUGUUUGUGUCAAAGGUGGUGCCCCGCUUCGUGGCUACGAAUAAACCAUUAACAGCUGGAAGCUUCUUGCUGGGGGUAUAGUGUUUCGGGCUGCCACCGGCAUCCCGAAACGUUGGAGUGUCAGUCACAAGCGGUUGUUUAGCCGUCAAAUAAUCCAUUCAGCUUAAUCUUUCUGUGUAUUCAUGUAUCCAUGUCAUAGAAAUGCCAGCGAAUUCUUCCGAAAUGUCAUGUACUCUUUACUCUUA